AUGUCUCAAGAAGAACCAACAUCAACAAUGCCUCUAACUGAGGAAAAUCUCUCAAAGAAUGUAGAAAUGUCAGAACCAAGUACACAGUCUAUAUAUAAACAAUAUCACCAUGCUAACUCAAACGAUUCAAUAGAGUCUUCCUAUUAGGAAAAUGAAGAGUUAAAAAAGAAAAUAUUAUAAGGAUUUGAUGAGAAAAAAGAUCAUGAGGAUAUGGUUUGCAAGCGUCUUUGCAAAGAGAACAAGCACUAAAACUUCAAUGACUACGAGAAGAUUCAAGAUCUUAACACUUAUGCCUCCAUGUUCCCAGUUCAUAAAGCAAGUAAGUUCGGAGGAAGAGUGAAUAGAUAAAUGAGUUCAAAGAUGCAGCAAAUCCAUAAUGAUUACUUUGACAAAGAAGGCUACACAGAUGAAGAUAUAGAACUUAAUGAUGGCAGCUUCGGAUUAAUAUCAUUCAGGUAACAUUUGAUAAGAAAAAUAAUUGUGAAUUUUAGUACAUUAUAAGUGACUGGAAAAAUUAGAGAGAGGCCAGAUGUAGAAGUUACUCCUGCUCUCGUCAGUUUAAAAAAGCUGGCUAAAUUAGUAUUUCUAUCCAAAGAACAGAUUGAAAAAGUCAUUAUCAGACACCUUUCCUUUAAUGGCGAAAAGAAGAGUUUGUUUCUAGAUAGAUCGAAAGUUAUUGAAAAUCUAAGAGAUGUUGAUAUCAAUCAUACCAAAAGAAAGUUUUCCCAGAUUAAGAGCAAACUCGUGAUUCCAUAAGCUAUGUUUGAGGAGGAUUUCACUGAAUCUGAUGAUCGUUAGAUGGAAGAAGAUGAUUUUGAAGAGUUUAAACAAUAGAUUGGUAAAAGCCAUUCAGGGAUUCACUCUCUGAAUCAAAAAUCAAAUUCUUACACCAUAGACAUCAUAAUUGAGUUCCCUAGAGCAGUUUUGACAUUCGAAGAAAAUGGUGUGUAAAAAACAUUCACAAAAAGCCUUAAUGCUGAGGAACUUACACUUCUAAUUAAAGAUAAAUUUGCUAACUGGAAAGAACUUUUGUUAGAUAUAUUUCAGAAGAAAUUAGACGAUAAAUAAUUCAGCUUAGUGCCAGGCUAGGAGAAUUUCUUUACGGUUCACAAAGACGACAUUGAGGAAAGACAGAACUGCUAUGAAAUUGAAAGAAGGCAAAACGAAAUGACUCAUACGAUAAACUUCAAGUUCAACCUAAGAUGGGACUUCGAUGAUCCAGCUCUAUUUACCUACUUCUGUAACUUUAAUGACCCAUAGUGCUCACUUCAGGUAAUGAGCUCACUCAAAAUUAUGAAAGUAGAUAUUCUUAAGCUGUUUGCUUAGGAAAGUAGUCUAUUCUACUAUGAUCCUAGCUCUAUUUGGUCAAUGUAAUAUGACUUCAAGAAAGGCCUUGAUAAAUUAGAGGGGGUAAAGGAUUCAGAUGAUUUGCUGGCUUCUACAGACAGAGUCGCGUAAAGAGACUUAAUUAGAAUUAAAAAUAAGUCAAAGUGGCUUAUUCUUGAAAUGCAGCAGCCUACUCUCACAGUAAUUAAAAACUUUGAAUCUGCUUUAUCAGCUGAUAUGUUUGGAGAUAAAUACGUAGAAGUUUCACCUAAGAAAUUCUUGGAUGAGUAGAAGAUUGAAUGGAGACUCAAGACUUAGAUUCUUGAUGAUUUCGCUUAAUCAUAAAUGCAAAACUGGGAAAUAAAGGCACUCAAAUAUCUUAAGAUUAAUAUUGGUCAAUUAAAUAUUGCUACAACCUAGCAGUAAUGA